AUGUGUUUCUACUUUCCUUCAUCAAAAAAACACCCCCUCGACAGCGGUGCACCUGAGCCUCAAUGGCGCUAUGUGCGAAAGCGCGCUGGAGGCAGGGUGGUUAGCAGGCAGAUUAUGCGCGGGGAUCAGGUUGUUCGUUUCCAGGGUGGCUUUCCUAGAGCUUCAAUACCGCGUCCUGUUCUUACCACCCCAAACAGAACUGCAACUGGUCAGGAGGGGGUUGGGGAGAUUGCCAUAAAGACUGAAAAUGCAAAGACAAAUAGCAAGAGAAUUGCUAGUGCUAGGCCAUCAGCCACGAUCAAAUCUGAGAAGAAGACCGGUGGAGAUGUCACUCAAAAGAAAGCCGACGCCGCCGGUGUGCCAUCAUGGAACAGUUGGGAAAAAGACAAACCAUCUGGGGACUGGACUAUUCAUGAUCUUUAUGUCGAAAAGGACGACGCAAAGACAAUUGCAAGUAACGAGAACUCCAAGUCUAAUCGUCCUCAAACCUUUCAGGACAAAAAGGGAGGAAGGAAUGGUGGCAAGCAGAAUGACAAAGGGAGUGGAAACAAAAGGGUAUCAUCCAAUACAAAAAGUGAAAAGCGUCAGGGCAACAAGUCUGGAGAUAACAAUACAACUUCCGAUUGGGAAACCCCAGAAAAUAAGGGCGACUCUGGGAAUUCAAAUGAGAGCGAAUGGGCGCCUGCAGAUGCAAACGACUGGCUAUAUCAGGGCGGUUGGGAAUUAGAGCCUAACGAUACGAACGACGAUGAAAAAGUAGAGCACAACACCGGUACUUGGGAACCAUGGGAUGCAAGUCCUGGAGACAAAUGUACUGAAGAAAAUAACAGCGAAGAAAACGACAGCAUGCAGCAAGUGCCUGGUGCCUGGCCAGAUACGAACACUGAGAAUGACAGUGAAAAGAACAACUCCGUCAAUACCCGAAAAGGGCAGGCAGUAAGCAAGAAAGACAAAAAGCAAGAAAAUAAGCAGCAAGGAAACCCAAAGGGCUUGAAGAAACCGAGAGUCAAGGGCAAGGGCGCUAAUGCAAUUGUUGAAUUUUGCGUGUGCGAGGCUGAUAAUUCAGUAUCUUUAAAAAGCACACAAGAAAUUCUUGAGAAUUGCCAGCCUGGGGAGUGGCAGCAGGACGAACAAGGGAACCCUUUCUUCCAGCGAGCUCAAGAGGAGAGUAUCAGCAACACUCAGACCUGGAAAGCUGAUACUCAGACCAGUUUUGUUGAUACUCAAAGUCCGGUUGGGGGCUGGUAG